AUGUCGAAGACUAUUACACAAAAGCGAGUUGUUCGUGGCCGCAAAGCCAAGUGGACCACUUUAGAUAUUGAUAUUUUAGGGUCGACAAAACAAGACGCUGGGAAACAGCAGCCUGCAUAUUACUCAUUCGAUGGCGUGAGAUCAGAUUUCCAGGAUAACAGUGGACAGACUUGGAUGCUCGAGUCCGAGGCAUACUGGCAGGUCAAGAAGUCGCUCGAGAAGCGCACGUCCGAGUAUCCAAAAACCACGCGGUAUGUUGAUGCUUCCAGUCUCCCAUUGAAGAAAAUCCAGGCCUGGGAUAUGAGCCAGCGGCCCGGGGCGGUGAGGGCGUAUUUUUACCGCGACGAGCCGUGGAACUUUGAUGUGUUGUAUCAUGACCCGCGCCAGCCGAAGCACCCGGAGAGCGGGCAGCAUGCGUAUAGUGGCGCAUGUUAUCAUCCCGAGGAAAACGGGGAUAAUUGA